GCUCCGGGGGCCGUUGUUCAGUGCGGGGGCCGAGAGAGGCGGCUCUGUGCGUCCGUGACUAGCGGGUCCGCUGCAAGUCCUUGCUCUCGUCUCGGUUUUCAGGAAGAGCUAAAGAUGGCUGAAUUUCUAGAUGACCAGGACACUCAACUGUGUGACAACUGCAAGAAAGAAAUUCCUGUGUUUAAUUUUACCAUCCAUGAGAUCCACUGUCAAAGGAACAUUGGUAUGUGUCCUAUCUGCAAGGAACCGUUUCCCAAAUCUGACAUGGAGAGUCACAUGGAUACAGAACAUUGUCAGGUGACCUGCAAAUGUAAUAAGAAGUUGGAGAAGAGGCAAUUAAAGAAGCAUGAGGAAACUGAGUGUCCUUUACGGCUUGCCCUUUGCCAGCACUGUGAUUUGGAACUUUCUGUUCUCAAACUGAAGGACCAUGAAGAUUACUGUGGUGCCCGGACGGAGUUAUGUGGCAAUUGUGGGCGCAAUGUCCUGGUGAAAGAUCUGAAGACUCAUCCUGAAGUUUGUGGGAGAGACGGAGAGGAAAAAAGAGAUGAGGUUGCCAUGCCUCCUAAUGCAUAUGAUGAGUCUUGGGGUCAAGAUGGAAUCUGGAUUGCAUCCCAGCUCCUCAGACAAAUUGAGGCUCUGGACCCACCUAUGAGGCUACCCCGAAGACCGCUGAGAGCCUUUGACUUGGACCUUUUCCAUAGUAGGACUACCAACCAAAGGAACAUGACAGCCCAUUUUCCAAUUCAGAAUAAUCUGUUGGAAGAACAAGAAAGGCAGGAAAGGAAUAGAACCCGGCAGCCCCCAAAAGAGGGUGGUGAAGAUAGUGCAAACCUGGACUUCAUGUUGGCCCUAAGUCUGCAAAAUGAAGGGCAGGCCCACAGCAUGGCUGAGCAGGACUUCUGGAGGGCUGUAUGUGGUGCAGACCAGUCCCUUGAAGGUCCCAAUGCUCUGAAUGACAUAAAGGGUACGGCUGACCGGACCAUGUUGCCUUGUGAAUUCUGUGAGGAGCUCUACCCAGAAGAACUGCUGAUUGACCAUCAGACAAGCUGUAACCCUUCCUGUGCCUUACCUUCACUCAGUAUGGGCAGCACUCCCCCCAAAGAGGUGGAGGACCCUGAUGUCAUCUUCCAAAAGUUUUUGCAGCAGGCUGCAAGUAACCAGUUAGACUCUUUGAUGGGCCUGAGCAAUUCACCCCCUGUAGAGGAUAGCGUCAUCAUCCCGUGUGAAUUCUGUGGGGUACAGCUGGAGGAGGAGGUGCUGUUCCAUCACCAGGACCAGUGUGACCAACGUCCAGCCACAGCAAACAACCAUGUGACGGAGGGGAUUCCUAGACAGGAUUUCCAGCAUCCAGAAACUUCACCAGAGCUGCCCAAGAGGCGUGUCAGACACCAGGGAGAUCUGUCUUCUGGUUACAUGGAUGAUAUCAAGCAGGAAAUGGCUAAAGGGCCCACCUACCCUCUUCCCCCCAGCAGACCCAUUAACAAUAUGACAGCUACCUGUAACCGACUGUCAACAUCCACAUCAAGCCCCAGACCUGGGUGCCAGCCCAGUCCUCCUCGCAUACUGAAGCUCAACAACUUAGACAGCCAAGACAGCCGGGGGCGGAAUCGAAACAGCCAUAACUCGGCCAUGGCCACUGGACAUGCUCCAGUGAUUCACCCGGUGCGAAAUCUCUACCCAGAAAACCUCGUACCCUCCUUCCCCCGUGGGCCUUCCGGGAGAUACGGAGCAAGUGGUAGGAGUGAGGGUGGCAGGAACUCGCGGGUCACCUCCACAGCCGCCAACUACCGCAACAGAACUGCAAAGGCAAAAACCCCCAAGCAGCAGGGAGCUGGGGAUGCAGAGGAGGAAGAAGAGGAGGAGUAAUGGCGUCGGCAAAGAACCUGCACGUUGGUUCCAUCUUCUCUGCACAGCAGCACUUGCCGCAGUUCAGGCCCCACCUCUUGGGCUCUAUGGGCAGGGGAGAUUUUACAGAUUUUAACUUUUUCUAGGUUAUGGCCAUUUUGUGUCUUUUGAGAUUGUGCUGUGGGAGUUUGAAGGUUUGGGGGAGGGUUAGCAGGGAGGCUGUUGAGAAAUGUUUCAGCUUUAGCUGCUGCCUGCCUUUUGGCCUCACAGAAAUACAGUGUAUGGCCUCUCAGCCCACCAGGGCUCCAUCUUUUGACAUACUAUUACCACUGCUUCUUGGUGCUGUAUGGUCCUGGUGGAAAGAGGAGAGAAAAGGUUCUGGAAACCUGGUACUCACCAGUGGAGUGAUUCUCUUCCCUGCUGGGGCCUCGAUCUGGGAACUUUUAGGUAACCUCUCCUGUGUACUGGCCCUCCGCACUCUAGAAUUUGGGCCUCUGGUAUGUAUGGAGGCACCUGGUAGAGUGUUCAGGCCAGUUGCAAUAUAUGUUAGGAACAAGGCUUUUGGAGAUGAGUUGAGCUAGAGGUGAGCGCACUAGAGGCUUUGUUUUAAUCUGCUUCUUCGGCAUUUGGCACAACUGCCUUCUGUUUCUGGUGGGCUCCUUUUUCUUUACUGCCUUCGGCUAGAGAAGGCUGGGGGCUCCCUGUUGCCACCAGGGCCAUGCUGGGCUCUGCCGGGAUCAGGCCUGAGGCCUAAGCUCCGUGGCUUGCUCUGAAAACCAAGUAUCAGAGCCCCUUCACCUCUUUUUAUUUUACUACUACCACUACUACUAUUAUUAACAUCCUUGUAAUAGAAAUAAAGUUUGUACUUGGAGUUCAGUGGAGUCUUGUGGUUCCUUCUCCUUUGCCCUGAGGGAAGACAGAGUAGGCGAGAGUCGGCCCUGACUAUGGGGAAAGGUGAGCAGGACUAGGCUUUCUCUGUGCUUCCUGGAGCCUUAGCAGUUCUAGCAUAAGCUGCUUCUCAGUGCCAGACAUUCAUUAUAUAGUUUUCUAUUGGAUUUCAAAGAAACUGGCAGUUUCUGCAGCUCUGGUUGUGAUUUGGCAUGGGGGCGGAGUUGCCUCCAACUGAAUCGAGAAAGGCAGAUUCCUUAAAAGCCUCUUUUCUCAUAGCGGUUGAGUCUUAGUAGAAUUAUUCUUUACCCUUCAGCACCUCACAGUUUGCAUAGGACCUCAGGUCAUUUUGAGCUCCUUUGUUUUUCCCCUCACAACCUAGUGGGGGUGGGGAAAGAGGGAAUAAUUGUCCCUUUUCAUAGGUAAAAAGGAGUGACCUGCAUAAGGCUAUGCAGAUAAUUCACAGCAGUGCUAGGACUCAAAUCCAGGUCUGAGCUAGAUUAGAAAAAAGAAUCUA